CCCGCCUGCUACUAAUAGCCUGGUUCUGCUGUCGCGGCCGCGGCCGCCGCUGUGCCCUUGGCGCCGCCUCCACCGCUGCCCGCCGCAGCCGCAGCCGCAGCUGCUGCCGCCGAGCUGGGCAAGAAGCGCGGCCGCGACCCCAGUGAUGAGCUCCUCAUGGCUUUUCCUGGGAUGGUUCCCUACAAACGUCCAGCUGGAGACAAAUCUGGAGUUCCCGUGUAUCAGCCGACAGGAAGCGCAGCGUAUCAACAGGCUCUGAUGCAGCAACUGGGCGGCCAGAGCUUUGUGCCAGUGUCAUGUGAGUAUGGCGGGAGUGUGCCCCUGGCGGGGGUGGGGGGCCAGGCCGACAGCCAAGACACCACCGCCGCUAACAACCACGCUGCCGCUUCCUCCGCGCAACACACUUCCUCUUCCUCAUCCACUUCCACCACUACCACAACUAACUCCCCAACCUCUGGCAAAGCCGUUUAUUCCACCUCAGUCACGGCUACAAAUUCUUCCUCCACUUCCUCAUCCUCAUCCACAGGGGGAGGGGAACUAGUGCCUGCAUCACCAGUACCUAUGAGUCCACAUCCGUCAGUUAAUGUGUUUUCAUACACAGGCUAUUCCCUUAGUAAGGGAGUUCGCCCACAGUUCAAGCCACCCGCUUCUCUUGCCCCAACUAUCAUGGGUCCUAUGGCAUUGUCUUCUAUAGGAUUUGCCCAUCCUGGGUUGCAUUCUGCACCAAUUCCAGGUUUUAACUAUGGUAUUGGAUCACAUAUGCCCAACAUUAAUGUUUCACCAUAUGCUUCUAGCAACCAACAAUUGAUGACUCCAGCUAUGGCAAGUAGUGUGGCAGGAAUGGGGCUGCCAGGCAUGAUGCAUGGCAUAGGUGGCUUACCUGCAGGGAUGGCCUCUACUGUGGGUGGCAUAGCUGGCUUAAGUGGUCUUGGUGCUAGUAUGCCUUUGGUAUCCCCCUCCAUUUUGAUGCCCCAGAGCCCUGUUUCCUCCUUGUACCCACCCCAGUACACAGCUUUGUCCAGUAACACCCACUACUCGCUGGCUCAGGGAGGCGAGCAGCCGAACAAGAGGCUGAAAACUUCAUAGAGUGUGUGCAUGUGCCUACCGGCUGACGAGCAAGUCUCCCGCCUCUGUGUGUCUACUUCUUGACACUCUCGCCGCUCGGUGCCAGUGAGCGAGCAAGACAACAACGACCAGCAUCUAGUGGACUCUAGUCAUGCCACUACUAACAUCUACCGGUGUCCUUACAGGCACAGCGUAACUUACUAACUGGCCUUUUAAGUUUGAUUUUAGAUAAUUGACGUAGCACAUGUAUUUGUCAUUGUACUUUUCUUGUUAUUGUACCUGUUUUAGAAGUUUUAGACAUUAAUGAUUUUAGCUUUUACGAAGUAUUUGAGACACAAUAGUUGUCAGUUUUAACAAGACUUCAAGUCUUUUUGCUUUUAAAUGACACAGCAGAGCAGACUUGCUGCAUGUCCGCUGGUAACCGGGGGAUGACGCCUGCAUGGUGCCCAGCUCUACACGGUGUUUGUGAUAUGUGAUGCACGGAGACCGCACUGCACCCUCCCCCAGCCCUCACCCUGUGUUCCCCCUCUACAAUCCCACCUCCAGAUUCUCCUAAUACAGUAUAUAAUAUUUUGUCCAUGUUUACCACUGCUGCUGCUGUCGGGGUUAUGUGGGAGUUGGUGGUGGUGAAGCUACAACCUAAUAACAGCAGCAGUAAUGGUAGUAGCAGAUUCAGGUCUUAGGAUAGAGAGGGGGCAGGCAGGGUUUGUGCCAGAGAAGAUUGUCUUAUCUGUGUGUCAAGAGUAAUGUACAGUUUGUUAACCUAUACCUUACCCACACCACGCCCAUGCUAUGCCCACGCCACGCCCACCAACUCACAUCCUGUGAUAGUCUCGCUUUGCAAAUGGUUAUUGCAAAUAAAUCUGCAUGUGCAAAAGACAUGGUAGGCAUAGCGGGCGGGUUUAGCCUUUGCAAGGGCAUAUGUGGAGUUGGUUGGGUGCUGCCAAGUGCCAUAGAGCAGUGCCGUCUCCGUGUACUCCCGCAGCAUUCCCAGUACUAUUGUAGCACUACUGUACCAUGCUCACGUCCCAACUUGAUGUGAUGGUAACUAGGUAUGGGUCAUGUUGAUGUACCUCUGUAAUGCUUCCUCUCUGUAGCCAGGGGCGCUCAGGCCCUGCUCGGGCUUAUUCAGUACACAUUGCUCUGUCAGGCAUCAGUUUUUGUUGGACUGCUCUCAUCUUUUUGUCUGUUACGUAAUCCUAUGAUUCUGUUCAUCAUUAUUAUAUUUGCUAGCUUUUAGUGCUUUUCAACAUUGGUCUGGGUAUCAAGUAUAUGUACAAUUUGCCUGUGUAUUUCAGUCCUUUUACUGAUACAAAAUAUUGGCCUAUGUAUAAGAAUAUUUUUAAAUAAUAAGUCUGUAGAAUGCAUGA